AUGGGCGGACUCCAUUACACCGUGCUGCUCAGAAUGGUCAUAUUGAAUCAUAUUGACGUCAUCAAAUAUCUGAUCAGUGAGGGAGCUGAUGUCAAUAAGGUGGAUAAUGAUGGUCUGACUGCAUUACACCAUGCUGCUGUGUAUGGUCAUACUGACGUCAUCAAAUAUCUGAUCAGUGAGGGAGCUGUGGUCAAUAAGGAGGAUAAUAAUGGGCGGACUGCAUUACACCGUGCUGCUGAGAACGGUCAUAUUGACGUCAUCAAAUAUCUGAUCAGUGAGGAAGCUGAUGUCAAUAAGGAGGAUAAUGAUGGGCGGACUGCAUUACACCGUGCUUUCUUGAACGGUCAUAUUGCAGUCAUCAAAUAUCUGAUCAGUGAGGGAUCUGAGGUCAAUAAGGAGGAUAAUGAUGGUCAGACUGUAUUACACUGUGCUGCUAAGAAUGGUCAUAUUGGCAUCAUCAAAUAUCUGAUCCGUGAGGGAGCUGAGGUCAAUAAGGAGGAUAACGAUGGUUUGACUGCAUUACACCGUGCUGCUAACAAUGGUCAUAUUGACGUCAUCAUAUAUCUGAUCAGUGAGGGAGCUGAGUUCAAUAAGGUGGAUAAUGAUGGUUUGACUGCAUUACACCAUGCUGCUAACAAUGGUCAUAUUGACGUCAUCAUAUAUCUGAUCAGUGGGGGAGCUGAGGUCAAUAAGGAGGAUAAUGAUGGUUUGACUGCAUUACACCGUGCUGUUUGGAAUGGUCAUAUUGACGUCAUCAAAUAUCUGAUCAGUGAGGGAGCUGAGGUCAAUAAGGUGGAUAAUGAUGGUUUGACUGCAUUACACCAUGCUGCUAACAAUGGUCAUAUUGACAUCAUCAAAUAUCUGAUCAGUGAGGGAGCUGAGGUCAAUAAGGAGGAUAAUAAUGGUGAGACUGCAUUACACAUUGCUGCUAAGAAUGGUCGUAUUGACUUCAUCAAAUAUCUGAUCAGUGAGGGAGGUGAGGUCAAUAAGGAGGAUAACAAUGAGCGGACUGCAUUACACAAUGCUGCUGAGAAUGGUAAUAUUCACGUCGUCAAACAUUUGAUCAGUCAACGAUGUGAUGUCAAUAAGGGUGACAAGGAAGGGACAACUGCCUUACAUAUCGCCGUUCAGAAUGGUUACACUGAGGUUGUUAAAGUCCUACUUACGGGUGGAGCGCGAUGUGAUACAGAAGACAUUCACGGCCAGACACCCUUACACCAAACCAUAACCCUCGGGUACAGAGAUAUUGCUGAUGUUCUAGUUGACAACAGGGAUGCUAAGAAUGAUUCAGUGGCCAUCCAUCUAGCUGUGAUGCACGGACAUACAUCCAUCAUUGAGAGGAUGAUUGCUAAAGGAUUUCAUCUCGAUGUACAGACUAAUGACGGUCAGACAUGUCUUCAUAAAGCUAUCAAAUUAUGCUACCAAAGGAAAAGGAAUGUUGAAGACACCGAAACACUUAGAAAGGUUAGCCUUGGAAAAGACCUUUGCCUCAGUUUUCAGUGUACACUUGGAUUUUAUAACAUUUAA